GUGUGUGUUCGUUUUUGAAGUAUGGUUCUCUUCAUAUAUUUGCGGAUUCAGAUUUCAAUUGUUUAAAAAUAUCUCAAACAUGACGUGAUAACAAACCCCGUGUCGAAAUUUUUCGCUUCAAUAUUUUUCUUAUCACAUUUGGUUUUUUUUUUAUUAUUUAUUCCAAUUUUAUCUUCAGAUGCGAUUCGGUUGCAUGCCAAUGCACCGGUCAAAUUUGUGCACCAUGCAAUCGCCAAAAAUAAACAGACGCACGCUGCCGAACGACGACGACGACGACGACAACGGCGCAUACUCACAUAUUUUUCACGAAUCCACUCACACACAGUUAAACUCUCAAACGACGUGAUCUGCUACUAUCAACCAGUCGGAAAAUUAAUUUCUAUCGGGCGUGUAAACAAAGCACAGUUCCGCUGCCGUCGCCAACGGCGCACAAUCCCGGGCAAAAUUCUCGCACCACGACGACAACGACGUCGAAAACGACGCCGGCCUCGUGUAGUAUUUUUCCGGUGUUGGUAGUGUGCAACAACUUCACGGCGACCGACGGACGUCGGUUGGCUGAUGUUGUUAAUGAUGACGAUGACGCAUUCAUAAGCAAAAACGCACGCCGCGUCCCAUCUAUGACCUUGCCAUUCAAAAUCGGGGUUUCUCCUCUCUCUGUCUCUCUCUCGUCUUGUUGUAUCGCAUCGCAUGGCUUGCUUCGGUUAGGUGCUGCUGCUUUCUUUUCGUUCGUCUGGUCUGAAUGUUAAUUGCCGUCGUGUGCUCUCUCUCUCGGUUGUAUUUUUUGCAUGCUCUCUCGUGUUUCAUUCGGUUCGAUUUUGGCGCAUGGUCGAUCGCUCACGAAAAAAAAAGUGUUGACUGAGAGCACGCGGUUGUUGCACUAAUACCGAUGCACCAUUGUUUGUUUUUGCUUUGCUUCAGCGAUUUGCCUUCGGUGGUUUGAUUUUGUUUUUAUACCUAUAUGUGUUUUUUUCCUUUGAAAUAUACUCUUCGUUUUUUUGUGCAAGAUGAAAGAAAUUAGUGCACACUGCACAGUCUUUAUUAUUAUUGCUUGGCUCUGCUCGCUACGAAAAACUCUCUUUGUUCUCGGUUUCUGCUGCUAGUUUGUUGUAGAAAUUGCUCAUUGAAAAUACGCUGAUAGAAGCGCUUUUUAUCGUAUGAUUUUAUACAAUUUCUGCAGACGAAGGUGAUUUUUGACCAACUGUUUGUUCCGCUUGCGCUCUUCUUAUUUUUUUUUUCUUUCAACGAAGUUUUUACAAUUUCAACUACUUCAGGAUCAAUGAGUCCAAUACAGUCUUAAAGCAAGAGAGUGCGUGUGUGCCGAUAUGCUACGAAAACAAAUACGCGUAGUUUUUUUUUAUCAAAGAAAAAUUACGCACAGUAAGAAACCGGUUUUUCUGUUGUCGUGGUCUCACUAAUACCCGAAGUGCGUAAAGUUAUUACUCUCAUUCUCAUUCCCGUCGUGAGGGUGCGUCGCGUCCAGUUUGUUCUUGGUGGAAGUAUGUGUGUUUUAUGCUUCGCGCAAUCUUAAUUAUUUUUAAUUGAUGAUUCGACGUUGAUGUUUUUUUUCGUGGGUCUGUUUGCUACUUUGAACGGAAAUUCACGGACAAUAAAGUGUCAUGCGAUGGUGAUUACCAAAAGGAAGAUAAACGGCCAAACUCAAGCAGUUCAGAAAUGAGGUUGGCUUCAAGCUUUAACUUCGAAUGUACAAACAACUUGAGGAAGAAAUUAUUCUAAUGAGCGUCUCGGUGGGAGUUGAACAACGUUGAAGGCACACAAAAAAUGCGAAAAGCUUCCACCGAAGCCGUUUGUUUAAGCUUGAGUAGAUAGCGGACGAUCGGGUGCGUGAAUAGAUAAUUAUAUACGGUUCCUCGGUUCCGACGCGUUUUUUUACGCACGUUUAAGUUCGUACAUAGAAAACUUCUUCGUCGAGCGUCAGUCAGAAGUGGUAUGUAGUUCUUCAACGUUGGGGUAUUCGUGAAGGACGUACGUGGCUCAAUUUUGAAAGGAGGUUGAACGAAGAAAUUUUUUCGCAUUCAUUGAAAAACUAGUUUAUGCUUGACAGUCAUGUGUCUUGCCUAAAUUUAACCGAUUGUUUUUCAGAUUUGUCACUUAAUGUGACAAAAAAAAACAUUUUUUUUAAGAAUUAUUAAGUUGAAUCAGAAGAAAAAAAAAUCCCCGGAAAUUUUCCUCCCAUUCCCGAAGAAUAGCCGAAGAAACCCUAAAUCAGCCGGUAUCAAACUAAUACCAUCAAACAGCGCGUGGUGUGGCGAUACGUGUGAAUCUCCGAAUCGUCGUCGCCCGUAUCGUAGGGAAUCGGCAAUCAUAUGGUCAAUUUCGUGUUUUACUGUUUCCAUGCAAUCGUCAUUGAUGAUCAGCAGAGAAAAAGUGUGAAAGAGAAUGAGCGCAAGAGAAUCGACUGGAAUGGAACCUUCAUAAUUUGAAACCUGCGCAUUUUCGCCGUCUUUUGUUAUCUCGCUCUUAUUUCACUCAGCACGUUCUCGUCAUUCUAUUUACACCGUUUACUUGUAUUGGUACUUUGGUCCGGCGAUUCUGUCGGCUCUCAUUCGCUCACGUGUGCAUUUCUUUACUGAUCCGUGUGUUUGUUAUUUAACUUUUUUUUUCGUUGAGACAAGUAUUGUAACUAUUCAGGGAAAAUACGUUGAAUUAUAUACCUGGUUUACUUUUCAAUCAUUGUAGGCUCGAGAAUUACUGACUGUUAAAACGCUAUUUUAUUCUUCUUGACGUUCUACAUCAAAAGCUGACAAAAAAGUUCUCAGCAGAUCUCUCUCUCGUACAACUACAUACAAACAACGAGAGGGAAGCACGAUCCAUUCCAUUCAAUAUUCAUGCGAUGGGUCCAUUUAGUCGACCUGUUGACGUUGAUCCGGUAAUAUGCUCGAUCUUCUACAUUCAUACCGCGAUAUGUUCUGAGUCCGUUUUGAGUUUUUUUUUAGUCGACAGAAACAAGUGAAUCCCGUUACUUUUCCGACGAAUAAAGAAAAAAAGUAAAACAUAGCCACCUCACCAUAGAACCGAUAAUUUGUUGGCAUAUUCUGAUCAAACUUCUUUCUCCCCUUUUUUUUGUUGCAGAUCUCGCUUCCAGAUCCAGAGUGAUUGGUUUUUCGGUUUCGUAACUCUGAACUAUGGUUUCGGGUCUAGAUACUUUGUUGCAGGCGGCUCGGUUUCUGGAGUUGCAGGACCAACAGCAGCAACCGCCCGCAAUCCAUCGCCUCAGCAGUGAUGUCUCGAUCAUCCCGACCAAUAGUAGCCAGCUGAACAACCCGGGUAGUGCCAGUUCAAGUGUACAUACAACGUCGAACAACAGCAGUGUUAGCAGCAGUAGUAGUGCCGGUAGCAAUAGUUCCAUUAGUUUUAUCCCUAGCAGUACUAGCAUAAGUGAAAGUCGUUUCCUGCCGCCGAUCGGCAAGAUCAGCAAUGGUACGGUGAUUCUGACGGCGGCGUCAGUGGUGCCGCAGCAACAGAAUGGCAGUUCGCCGGCGCGAAUCCUGUCACCUUCCAACGGUGGCGUCAGUGUGACCGGUUUGGUGCCGCAGGGCACCACCGCCUAUCUGACGACCCCGACGUCAACUUCGCCUCGGCAUCAUCAGCAGAAUGGGACGUCGAUCGUUCCGAUCAUUGGCGGCAGUGGCUCCCGGAAGCGGACCAUCAGCAGCGCCAGCAGCCAUAGCUCUUCCGGCGGAGUAUACGGAAAAGACGAACCCCUCGUAAACGGACAUUCCAGCAGCAGCAGCAGCAGCACAGCACCACCGCUCGUAGUGAUAUCAACCAAUGGCAGCAGCAGCAGCGGCCACAUCCAGAAACACCAUCCCGCCUCUUCCCUCACGAUUGAUCUCUCGACCAAGAGUGGUAACCUGGUCCAUCAUCGGCUGUCCAGCACCCCGCCUUCAUCCGCUUCGUCCUCCUCCACCCUGACCAUUUCCCCGGUGGACGAUUCCCAGUCGUCGCUGAAUCUGAGCAGCGGUUCCAGUGGGUACAUGAGCGGCGGUGCCAACAGUUCCAGCUCCCUGAAUCUGAGCGGAAGCAGCUCGUCGCCGCUGCCCAUCAGCAUCGUCAACGGUGGUCUGGUGUCCGCCGUCGCCGGAAGCAACUCGUCCCCGCUGCCCCACGAUCUCGUCAUCAUCCAGCAGUCGGCGAACAUCAGCCAACAACAUCAUCCGUCGUCGCUCUCAUCUUCGUCGUCUUCGUCAUCGUCGUCGUCGUCAUCGUCGUCUUCGUCGGUGUCUUCGCAGCUAGGACAUUUGGUGCAGACCGGGCAGGGACUGGCUGGAAGUAGCAGCAGUGCGAGUGCUUUGCUCGGACAGUUUCCCAGCGGAGGACGGCGGCGGACUACCAGCUCCAACAGCAAUGGCAGCGUAGGCACCAGGGAAGUGCACAACAAGCUGGAGAAGAACCGGCGGGCGCACCUGAAGGAAUGCUUCGAGCAGCUGAAAAAACAGCUGACCCUGCAACCGGACGAGAAGAAAACGUCCAACCUGUCCAUCUUGGAUGCCGCCAUCCGGCACAUUACGCUUCUGAAACGGAAAGAGCGGGAGUACGAGCACGAAAUGGAGCGACUCGCGAAGGAGAAAAUCGCCCACCAAAACCGGAUAGUGCUGUUGAAGCGGGAACUGUCCCAGUGGAGCGAUGUGGACUUUUCCCGGCUGGCGCCGGAUACAGACGCGAUUCCUAACGGUGUUAGCAGCAGCAGCAACGGCGUGCAAUCGGAUAGAGAUCUUUUGAACGAAACUGUCGUCACUCCCGGAAGAAACGGAAUCCGGUACAGUUCGUCCAGUUCGCUGUCCAGUGUUGCGACAACGGCUUCCAUCGGAAAUUUACCGCAUCAGACAACGAUCUCUCCGAUCCUGAUCGGGGCUUCGUCAUCGCCAACCCGUGCCAGCCCACCUUCGACGAUCGUGAGUCGCAACUCGACUUCACCUGCCAUUAUGCCGCUUUCGCUGACCACCAAGGGAGCUUCGGCAACGCUUUCGGUGACCGAGACCCGCAACGGAAGUCCCUCGCCGCUGAAACUUACUACCAUCAACGGACUGCCGAAUGGGCUGAACCUGAGCACCGUUAGCAACGGGCUCGGCAGUGGUAAUUCCAGUGGCGGAAGCAACUGUAGCACACCCAACGGCAGUACAAAUGGCGUCCCAAGUAGUACCAUCGGAAAUGGUAUCAACGGAACGCCACUGCCUUUGAUUGUUGGUGCCAACAAUCUGACCAGUCUAAGUCAGUCUCAGCUGUUCACACCGGUUACGGCCACGAUUUUGACCACCGGUGGAUCUUCCGCAGUACAAACGUUGCCGCUGAAUCUGAACGUAGCUUCGGCCAACGGACAUCACAAUGGGUCGUCCGGAACGAGCCAUGGUAGCACAACGACUGGGUUGCAGAUCAUCGGAACCACCAAUGGCGGGAACAAAGAACUGAUCAACGGCACCAAAAAUGGGCUGCGGACGUCAGACGGUGGCAACAAGAUCGAAAUCAUCGCCACCCAAUCUGCCUCGUCCGGAUCCAGUUUGGACCCACCGGCAACCAAGGUCAUUAAGUUGGUGAAUGGAAACACCAUCGUUGGACUGACGUCCGUCGACAAGGACAAGAUGAUGCUUUCACAGGUUGUACAACAAGGUGGUCUGGUAGUUUCGCCCAUCCAGCUGUUAACCUCCACUCAAGGUCUCCGUGUCAUCCAGCAAGCGCCCAACGGGUUAGCUACGAUCGAACUCAGCACACCUGCCAAUGUACAGCCUCAAUCAAGUCAAACGCCGCGACCCAUCGGUGGUAACCAUCACAAUAGUAGCAGCAUCAGCAAUAGCAUCACCACCAACAGUUCCGCUGCCGUCUUCCCAACGCAUUUAACGGCCGGCACGGCCCCAUCUUCACUGACCGGGGCUCAGCUGCACAAGCUCCUAAUUAGUAGCUCGACCACCGCCAACGGAGCAACUACCCUAAAUGGUUUGACCAACAACCAUCAGUCGUCCCACCUCCAUCACGGCACCAAUGGGUUCACCAGCGCUACCACCACAGAACUGGCGCGGUUACCGGGCGGCGCGGAGCUGAACAUUCUACCGGCGGUCGGCAGCAAUGGGGUUACCACGGCGCUGCCCCUCUAUAGGACCAGUGCCGGAGCGCAAUCCCUCGGUGGCAAGCUGACGUUCGUUAAUGCCAUCACCACGACCGGGGGCUCCGGCACUGGACUGACGCUAAAAGGAGCUGACUCCCUCAGUAAUGGCGGCGGAAACGGCCGGGUCCACGUGGUCACUACCCCGCUCCAAACAACCAGCCUGACACCGGUGGUGGUAUCCCGAUACGAGCAGGACUCGAUUGGCGGCAACGUCAUCACCACCACCACCAACCACCUUCCCACCCACGGUCUGUUUACGACCACCACAACCAACAAUGGCGGAGGCAAUGCAGUGGUCACGCAGAAGAUGGUGAAAACCGUGGGUCAAUCACCAAUCAGUGGACUUCCGCUGAUUGCGGCCACACCUAGCGCCCAGUAUCUGAACACGGUGCUCAAGUCUUCUGGUGCGGCGGAUGGCAACACUGCCGGUGGCGCGGAGUUGAUACUGCUGAAUAGCAGCCCGAGCAUGCCAGGUCAGAAAGCCGGCGUCGAUCCCACCGCCAUACCAUCGGUCAUUUAGGAUCAGCUUCCACCGCCACCUCUGGCACCGCUGCCAUUGGCUUCAGUUUCGACAGAUCUGGCAACCUUGCCACAGGAGCAGCCUCAUCGGCUUUUAGCUGCUGCUACAUCUUACAGCACCACAAAUCGGUUUCCAACGUCGCAAAAGUGCCGUCAAACGGCUCCGACACUAUAUAAACAGAAUGAAGAAGAGAAGCGACGAAAAAGAACCACUAAGGGGAUCAAACAAAAGAGAGAGAAAUCACGAGACAGUAAUCGGAAGCAGAAAGUUCCGAUCCAACGAAGGAAACUAGAGAGAAAAUAGAAAUCAAUUAGCCAACUGUGAACUUACAAAAAAAAACACAGACUAACACACACCCACACAAUACAAGAACAAUACAAAUUACAAAACAAAACUGAACAAUUGUAAAAAUAUAUUCUACUACUCUUAAAGUAUGAUAUCUACGCAAAAGAUAAACUACCACGUAGUGAAAAAAAAACAAGGAAACGAAGAAAAAAAAACAAACUUGUCUGUAUUUAAUUUAUAUAUUCGUGGAACAAAAUUAACUGUAGCUCAAUUUUAUUUUUUAUUUAAUUUUUUAAUCAAUAAACGAUACAAAUCAAAACAAAGGAACCACAAUUUAACAAAACUAAAAGAUGUUGAUGUAAAUGUGUAGUCGGCGCCAGCCUUGAUGGAGAAAAAAACCAACAAAAACAAAAUAAAAGUUUAUAAAACUAAGUGAAAACGUAAUCAAAUAAGUGGAAAAACAAACAAAAUAAAAAAAAACUGGAGAUGUAAAACAAACAAAAACAGGAAUACAAAUCAAGUAAAAAGGUUAAUAAAAAGACCCGGCAAAAAUUUCCUGUGUACAUAUAUUUAAGUCUAUAAAAAAUCAAAUAAAAACAAAAAAUAAAACAGACAUCUUUGUACUAUAGAAACACUGGCAAAACAAAACAAGAGAGAAACAAGUCAAAACUUACACGAGUCUUUAUUCUCUAGAGAACAAACAGCAUCAGGUGUGUAGGAGGUAAGUUCGCAGACCAGACUGCAGAGGCCAUUUCGUUUGCUGCGACGUUAAAAAAACUCAACUAACAAAAAGAAAAAUGUACGUAAGUAAAGGAGUAAGCGCAAGUGACGAAUUUCGGCACACACACA